UAAUAAUAAUAAUAAUAAUAAUAAUAAGACACAAAAAUGCUUCAUCCCUGUUUAACUUUAUUAAUUUGAUUGUAAUAUACAACCACACCUCCAGGUGUCAGUAAAUCAUACACAGGUGUCCUUCAACUGGACUCAAGGCCGUGUUCGAAUAAAGUUGUUGAACUGUAUUUAUGAAAAAAGUAAAGUAAGUCGUACGUAUGCUGGGCCUCUGGUUGAUGUACUGACAGAAACUCAGUCGUGAAGGACCUCUUUGUGGUCAGACCAACUGGGAAGCUGGUCAUGUAAGCUGAGCCUGCUCAGGUCUUUCCUCCCCAUUCAGUGAUGUCAGCUCAUCCACCGGCUCCACCCCCUCCACCUGAUCUGCCUUAUAAAGGAAAAGUCAGCGCAACAGAUCUUUACACCCUCGCGGAUGCAAAGCCUGAAAUUAUCUUAAUUACCAGUUGGGCCUCCACCAGGUCGACUCUUACCCUCUGCGGAUCGUUUUUUUCUCAGCGCGCUCCUCAAAGGUCCAACACACAUUUCAGCAGCAGCAGAAGACCAGAAAGACGUCUCAACAUGUCUGCAGGACUGGAGUUGAUAGGCAUGUGCGUAUGCAUUUUGGGAUGGAUUAUAGCCAUUGUAGCAUGUGCUCUGCCCAUGUGGCGGGUGACGGCCUUCAUUGGCAGCAACAUUGUAACGGCUCAGAUCAUCUGGGAGGGCCUGUGGAUGACCUGCGUGGUUCAGAGCACUGGUCAGAUGCAGUGCAAGGUCUACGACUCCAUGUUGGCUCUUUCCCAGGAUCUCCAAGCAGCCCGGGCCCUCACCAUCAUCUCCAUCCUGUUGGCUCUCCUGGCCGUGCUGGUUGCCAUCGCCGGGGCCAAGUGCACCAACUGCAUCGAAGAAGAAGCCUCCAAAGCGAGGGUGAUGAUCAUCUCUGGUGUCCUGUUCAUUAUAUCUGGAGUCAUGCAGCUCAUUCCAGUCUCCUGGACGGCCAACACCAUCAUCAGGGACUUCUACAACCCUAUGCUCUCUGAUGCCCAGCGCAGGGAGCUCGGGGCCGCCCUGUACAUCGGCUGGGCGGGCGCUGCCCUCCUCAUGCUCGGCGGCGGACUCCUCUGCUGCUCCUGUCCACCACGUGAAACCAGAUACAACCCAUCGAGAAUGGCUUACUCUGCUCCACGGUCUGCAGGUGGCCAAGGGUUGGAAAGAAAAGACUAUGUUUGAAUGGAUGAAGAGAAGAGACUCUCCACACUGGCCUGAGGGCACAUCUGUCCGAUGAACACAGAGACUCCGAGAUGAAGGAUGGAACUGAAUUUUCCUGAAAUGUUAUAUUAGAGAGCGUUUGGUGUUAGAGACUGAGGAAGUAUGAAGAGUGAUUUAUUUUUACUUUUAAAGGACAGGAACAAACACUUUUAAAAACAUAUUACACUCAUACACAGAUACAAAUUGUUCAAUCUCAAUCAUUUGUUUUUUAAAUAAAUCUCUUGCUUUUUAUUGUUUACAGCUCCAUAUUGUUACAACGAAGCAUCACUGCGCUGUGUCAGCAACAUUACAAAGCACUUUUGUGAUAAACCAGUAUCCAAAGCAUUGUCUCAACAGUUUUAUGUGCUUGUAAAUACUGAAAAUGUUAAAUAGCUUGUCAUGACCUUUGCGUAUAACACUGUAAUCGACACAGCCUUUGGUGCAGUGGGGUGGGGGUGGAGGUGGGGGCGGAGGGUGAGGACGUGGCAGAGAACUUUGAAUGAUUUUAAGUGUCCGUGGACAGUUUUUGUCUUUGUGUAUUAUGUCCCUCUGCUUUUGUUUUUCAUUAAAUGUGAACUUUUAUAUAAAAAAAAAA